AUGUUGAGCGUUCGCGCUCGUCUCACUGCGGAUCCCAUGAUUGGUGUUGGCGACCUAGUUGAACCCCUGAAAAACUACCUCGAAUCAGAGAAAGAUGACAAUGCCAUGAAGCUCCUUCAACCUCCAGCCACCGCUUCUUGGAAGUCCGGGUUGUGCACUACCAAGAAAAUCAACUACUCCAGCAAGAAAGACGACGAUUUUGUAGAGAAGUUGGAUGACUAUGUUCGUAUGGGCUUGAGCCACCUCCGCCAAUUGAAGCAAGAUCCAAAAAAGAAAGAGCAAGCCUUUCGCAAGUGUGACAAAGAACAGCAACAGGCACUGGAGGAUGUCCUGGCCCUGGUGAAUGUUGAGGCAAUUCCGCAGGCAGAGUCACAACUCCUUGCAUUCCAUGCUCAAGGAGACAGCCAAGGAUCGAAUGAGGCCCCACUUUCCCCAAAGCGGCUACGGGUUGAGAUUGAAGACAAGGGCGCGCGCAGGAAAAGCACAUCAGAGAACGAAGCCAUUUUUGACAACGUUUUGAAGGGGGGAGACAGUGAAGGUGAAGGUGAUGAUGAAAUCCCAAUCACAAUCUUGAAGAAGAACAAGGCCAAGGCUGAGGAGGACGCCGCCCCUUCCACUCAAAGCGAUUCGCCACAGAGAGGCAACAUGUUCUCCUUGGCUAUGAACAAAACAGAGAAGGCAUUGCUGAAAUCUGCUUUGGAAGCUGACCCCAUUGCCAGAGAUGGCAAGUCCCAGAACCAGAGAUUGAAUCAGAACGCACCAAAAAAGGCCAAGGCCAAAGGCAAAGGCGGCAAAAAGGCUGCUGCAAAGGCAAAGGCAUCCGCAGCAAAGGCAGGUAGCAAGCGCAGCCAAACUUCAAAGGUGAAGAAUGCCAAGGAACCAAAACAGACCAUCCCUGAAGAAAAGGAGUCAUUCCCAGAGGAUGAGGAGGAAUUGAUUAACAUGAUCCCUGAGGGCACCCUUGAGAUGGCCAUGGAGAAGGCGAAGGAGUGGGACAAGGAAGGUGUGGCCAGAGGUGUGAGACGAACGAGAACCACAAGCAAAGCGUACCAUGCGUGUGAAGUUCAACUCCAGAAGCAGGGCAUGACCAAAGGUGAAGCGCAAGCAGUGGGCAGAGUGGCGGGUCGAUUGGUUGGAGCGAUGUUUGACAAAGAUUGGCCUCUGGCAAAGGGGAAAGGAAAGGCCAAGGCAAAGGUCAUGUCAGGAAAGCCUGCGACCAGUCCUUCCACAGCCAAGGCUGCGCCCAAGGGCAAUGUCAAGAAGCAGAAGCAGGAACGCAGUGAGGAUCGUGAGAUGAACAUGGAGGCGAAGAAAGAGCCUGAGGAUAUUGACUAG